UUGGUAAACAAACCUGCAGACUGAUCGUCUUACUGAUUUGAAAUAAGUUGUUAUAACAUGACGCGUGCAUAGUGAUAGAAAGACUGCAUUUCCCAUGAAGCAUUGGGGCAUGAGCACGGUUUAACGGACUUUCAGCUCUUAAAUAUCAGCGCGGUGCAGUGCAUUUGAGAUAAACGCGCGGGGGGGCAUAGUCCACUCGUGCGUCUGUCCUGGAGGUAAUCUAAACUUUUAUUACGUUUAUGAGCGACGACAGCGAACGUAACGGAGAGACGCGAGAUCCACGUGUGCUCGAGUGUUGCGGAGGGCUAAACAACGUAGACUACUCCCAGAUGGACCUGAUGCCACUACAGACACUUUUCAAACUAAUUGACUUCACUGAGCCAAGCUUUUGUGUGGCCGUCGCUGCUAUCAUCUUCAAUCCUCUGUUCUGGAAUGUGGUGGCCAGAUGGGAGCACAGCACACGGAGACUGACAGCUCUGUUUGGAAGUCCAUAUGUGGCGUGUUACUGUCUGGGCUUCAUUAUCAUCCUGCUUAAUGUCUGUCGCAGCCACAGUAUGACCGUGGCCAUGAAGACUCAGCCCCGGUGGGAGGCGCUGGAGCGGACAGAGGUGUACUACAUGGGUGUGGUUCUCAUGGUGGUGGGCACUGUGCUGGUGGUCAGUAGCUUCCUGGCUCUGGGAUUUACUGGAACAUUCCUGGGUGAUUACUUUGGCAUCUUGAUGGACGAGAAGGUGACAGGUUUCCCAUUCAACCUUAUAGACAACCCCAUGUACUGGGGCAGCACUGCCAACUACCUUGGUUUAGCGCUUAUUGGCUCAAGUCCUGCUGGUCUGACCCUGACAGCAAUUGUAGCAGUGGCAUACAAGGUGGCAAUACAAUUUGAAGGACCAUUCACAGAGCGCAUCUAUCAGGAGAGAAGCCAGCGACGCAAGCAUGAAUAAUGGCCUCCUUCACAGACGCCUUCGGAUCCCACUAUUGCUCAGGAUGCCUUCUUGUAAUGUGGACACAGGGAAAAUUAAAUGAGAAUAAAUUAUACCACAUUUGACACUGUGUUAAAAUGCUCUUUACACACACCAAAGCACACAAAAUUAUUAUUUAAUCAAACAUUAUCUCAUGAAUGCAGAAAUAGAGUCUUGGUUUUGGUUUUUGGAUGACCUACUAAAUAUCUUUCUGAAGCUAAUUUAUUAUUUUUAAGACAAUCUCUAUGUUCAAACUAUAUUUUAAUUGACCUCUCUAUGCUGCACAGACUGUUUGACAUAGUAUUAACUAUUAGCAGCUGGGAUAUAUAACAUGCAUUUGUUCACAUUUUCUUUGAUGUUGUACUGGGCUGUACAAUAUUAAGGCAUGUAAUAUUCAAUUAUUAUUGUAUUGUAACAUCAAUAUUAUUGUUGUAUUUGUAAUAAUUAUUUUGAAAUAGUAAAUUAAUUUUAAUUAAUUAAUUAAUUUCUAUUGUCAAAAUUCAAACUUGGCAAAAACUAAACUGAGCAAAACCCCUGUCAGACUGAACUGACACAAUUUGAAUAAAAAUGCAAUAUAUUGUGCAGUGCUAAUGUUGUACCAUUAAAGACAACCAGUGUUAUUGUUAGUGUGUUGAUAUGAAAUGUGAAAUGUUCAUAAUUUACGAACUGUCCAUGAUUUGUCAAUUAUAAAAUUGUUGAGGUGAAUGAUCUCAGGUUUUCACUGUACUAAUCCCCAACACAACCGUAAACAGCUUGUGGAUGUACUGUUUAAGUAAAAAUAAAACUAUACAGUCAA